UGACGUCAUCAAAUCGCGCCACAGGCCUGGAAGGACCCAAGCGCCAAAGCAUUUGAGAUAAACAUAGAAGAGAAACGAAACCUGAGCCGGGGGAGCGUGUGAGUGUCCUAGUGAUAUAUACACACUGGUUACCGGGGCCACAGGUCACUCGUAUACACCGGCUGCCGAGCCCAGUGAGCAGCAGUGAAACCUGCACUCUACAUACCUAGGUGUUGGUGAUACCCUGAACAGAACGUCUCUUCUUCCUGGUGGUGGAAGUGUGCGGCUUUCUAACCUGGUCUGUCCCUUAUGCAUCAUCAGUAAAAAUGAAAAGAAGAGCUGAGUCUGAGCUGCAAAGCAAUACCCAUAACCGGCAUAAAAAGCGAAUAGAAGAGCUGGGACUGAAUCUGAGCUCUACCUCCGAUGACGACACACAGUGCAGUAACCAUGGGACGCAAGAAUCUUCAACGAGUGGCACCGGAUCCGACAGUGAGAGUGAUGAAAAGAGGCCGGUUUUUGGGUCAUCUAGUAAUGUGACUGGUUCGGACCCCCUAGCAGAGGGGUCAUCCUCUAAUUAUUCCAGCAUCUCCCAAAAGCUCAUGGCCAAGAUGGGCUUUCGUGAGGGUGAAGGUUUGGGAAAAUUUGGCCAAGGGCGAAGAGAAAUUAUUGAAACAUCCAAACAGAAGGGCAGGAGAGGUUUGGGUCUGGUACUAAAAGGGUUUGAGAAGCAGUUGAAUGUGAACUGGAGAGAUGAGCCUGAGGCCACUGCUUAUGAAGAAGUUGACUGGUUCCCAGAAUGCACCACAGAGAUUCCAGAUGAAGAUGAGCUUUCUGAUUGGAUGACAAUUGGAAAGAGGAAACUGAUCUUGGACGAUGAGACAGAGUUCUGCAGAGAACUGUUGCUUCACAGUCUGCUGGAGUGCAAGAGCACGUUUGAUGAUUUAGAAGGCGAGGAAAUGAGACGUGCCAGAACUAGGUCUAACCCGUACGAGAUGAUCCGAGGGGUCUUCUUCCUAAACAGGGCAGCAAUGAAGAUGUCCAAUAUCGACCACGUAUUUGACUACAUGUUCACCAAUCCCAAGGACUCUCAAGGGAAGGCACUGCUGAAGGAUCGCGACUCAGAGCUGUUAUAUUUUGCCGAUGUUUGCGCGGGGCCUGGGGGCUUCUCAGAGUAUGUGCUGUGGAGGAAAAAGUGGCAUGCCAAAGGCUUUGGGAUGACGUUAAAGGGACCCAACGACUUUAAGCUAGAGGAUUUCUAUUCUGCUCCCAGUGAGAUCUUCGAGCCGUAUUAUGGUGAGGGAGGGGUGGAUGGAGAUGGAGACAUCACCCGACCAGAGAACAUCACUGCCUUCCGAAACUUUGUCCUGGACAAUACUGAGCACAAGGGCGUACAUUUCAUGAUGGCAGAUGGUGGAUUCUCUGUGGAGGGACAGGAAAACAUCCAGGAGAUUCUCAGCAAACAGCUGCUGCUUUGUCAGUUCCUUGUGGGCCUGUCUGUGGUCCGGACAGGUGGACAUUUCAUCUGCAAGACGUUUGACCUGUUCACCCCGUUCAGCGUUGGUCUGAUUUAUUUAUUGUACUGCUGCUUUGAGCGUGUUUGCCUCUUCAAACCAGUGACCAGCCGGCCUGCCAACUCCGAGAGAUAUGUGGUUGGCCGAGGCCUGAAGGCUGGUAUUGAAGAUGUACGCAGCUAUCUAUUUUCUGUAAACCUCCGACUCAACAAUUUGCGCAACUCAGAGGAAGACGUCAACCUUGUUGUACCUUUGGAAGUGCUGAAGGGGGACCGGCAGUUUUUUGACUAUAUGGUCAGGUCUAAUGAGAGCUACUGUGAGGUUCAGAUCAAAGCUCUGGCUAAAAUCCAUGCCUUUGUCCAAGACUCGGCCUUGAAUGAGCCACGUCAGGCUGAUCUGAGAAAAGAAUGUCUGAAGCUCUGGGGGAUUCCUGACCAAGCACGGGUGGCACCAACUAACACAGAUCCGAAGACCAAGUUCUUCCAACUGAUUCAGAGUCGGGACAUUGAUGUUUUCAGUUACAAGCCCACACCGCUGACAUCUAAGACCUUGGAGAAACUGAGCCAUGUGCUGGAUUACAGGUGUAUGGUGUCUGGCAGUGAGCAGAAGUUUCUCUUGGGAUUAGGGAGGUCUCAGAUAUAUACUUGGGGUGGGCGACCCAAUGAUCGCUGGACUAAACUUGACCUGAAAACAGAACUGCCCAGGGACACUCUACUGUCUGUGGAGAUCGUCAACGAAUUAAAAGGAGAGGGCAAGGCUCAGAGGAAGAUCAGUGCUAUUCACAUCCUAGAUGUUCUGUUUCUUAAUGGGAUGGAUGUCCGGCUGCAGCAUUUUAACCAGAGAAUACAAAUGGCAGAGAAAUUUGUGAAAGCUGUUUCCAAACCCAGCCGGCCAGACAUGAAUCCUAUCCGGGUGAAAGAAGUGUACCGGUUAGAAGAGAUAGAGAAGAUCUUUUUACGAUUGGAGAUGAAGAUAAUUAAAAGCUGUGGUGGGAUGCCACGACUUUCUUACACAGGAAGGGACGACCGCCAUUUUGUACCGUUAGGACUAUACAUUGUCAAAACUGUGAAUGAUCCAUGGACGAUGGGCUUCAGCAAAAGCCACAACCGAAAAUAUUUCUACAAUCUCAGGACUCACAAAUCCACGUUUGAAGUCCCAGUAGAGUCUAUUGCGCCAUUUAACGUCUGCUACUUCGAACGACUCUUCUGGGAGUGGGGAGAUGGAGUCCAAAUCCAUGACUCUCAAAAACAAGAUCCCAGCAUGGACAAGCUCUCCAAAGACACAGUCCUUGAUUUCAUUCGCAUGCAUCAGCCCUCCUCUUCUGGGGCGAGAGAGGAUAGGUAGUGCAGUGAUGGGAACACCCCAGAGACUUAAUGCAGUGAGGGUUCUAUGAAAGCGGAAGAGCCUCUUGUCUUUCCGUUACUGUCAUUUACUAUACCCGGGAUUCCGCAACUUGCACUUUUAGACCUGCGUGUUCAAAACCCGAGAACAGUAAUAUUAGCAGUAGUUAGAGGACCCAGAAUUACCCUGACUCAGAGGCCUACAUUGUGCUGCAAAUGUACUUAUGGUAACAUGAUAUAUUUUUUUAAAGGUGUUUUGUUGCUUCUCUGAAAAAGUUUUUUUUUUUUUCAUUUUUUUGGAGGUGGGUACAAUGACUCCUUUGUUUUUAAAAAUGUAAACUAUUCAGCCUUUAUUUUUCAUCCCCAUUUCCAGUUACGACCAAGAUGGGCUCUUGUUGCAGCCAUACUUGUGACUUGACAUUUGGGAACAUGGUCUUGCUGUCUGACAUUUGGAAUUGCUGUUUAUGAAAUCUGUGUUCCAUAUUAUUUUGACCCAUCUGUGGUUUACAUACAAGAUUUUUAAGAGUAAGUUCAAACAGUCACCAAUGCCAUACAAAUAUUAAAACAAUGGACACAAAUAAAACGAUCGAUUACUGAGCCUUCUUUAGAAGUAUAAUUAAAAAGAAAUGAGACUGUGUGUGGGUUCUAAUAUUUUUACACUUUUCUCAACAUAGUACUUUAAAGUAGGCUGAGGUUGAAAGACAUGAGAUUACCAUGAGAGAUUGAGGGACAGGUGGCAAAUUCCAUUUAGCUCCUCAGCCUUGAGUGACCACAAGGAAGCAUCACUAUAGCUCAUCAUUUAAAAGGAUCGAUAUUUUGCUGACUCAGACUUUGGGUCUCUUUCACUUGCGCUCUGGUGUAUUUUGCAUGGUUUGUGAUAAUAUAACAGAGGCGCACCUCAUUUAUAUGGCAAUAAAGCACUUUAAAUAUUGGUCAUAAAAUAGAUAUUGUUAAGUUUGUGGUUACUGCGUAUCAUCUUACAACUAAAUCUAAAGUAUUCAGUCACCGCAAAUUCCUGGUAUUGAUUAUUUAACUUGCUUUGUGAUCAUCGUACCGAACGUUGCUAAAAUAUCAAUCUGUUUAGUGUAGAUGCUGCACACGUCCACUUCAUUUGAAUGGAAUGAACCAACAUCUCAUUACUGUUUGUAAUCAGUUUAUUUAUAAUCUAAAGUGAACAACAAGUGACAACUCUGAAAUGAAUAAAUAAUUAUGUACAUUUAACAAAAA